GAGGGCUUGUGAAAAUAUUGUUGGCCCCACCCAUGGGAUUUCUGAUUCAGUAGGUCUGAGAUGGGACCCGAGAAUCUGCAUGUCUAACAAAUUCCUGAAUGAUGCUGAGGCUACUGGCCUGGGGACCACACUUGGAAAACCAGUGACCAUAGGUGUGGUCCCCAGACCAGCAAUGUGGGUGUUACCUGGGAGUAGUUUGCAAUGCAGAAUCUUGAACCCCCACCCCAGACCCACCAAACUCGAAUCUGUUUAACAAGAUCCCUGGAUGAUUCCUGUAGACAUUAAAGAUUGGGACACAUCACACCAAAGUGGUGCUCCCCAGACUUGCCCGUCAUAGGAAUCUCUUGAAGUGUUUAAAAUUCAGAUUCCUCGGCUCCUCUGGUGACUUGAAUUCAGAUGUGGGAGGAUCCCAGGAAUCUGAUACUAACAAGCCCCCUCAGGUAACUAUGAUCAGGUAAGUAUGGGAAACUGUUUAUUUACCACACUUCUGUGUGCCUUGGGCAAGACCAAGCUGGAAAGCCAGAGAAAAACCUCCCUCCAGGAUCAUGACGAGGCAGCCACUUCUCCCCCAGAAACAGGAACUUGGGGAAGGUGGCUCCUCGAUGGUCUGUGAUGCCGUCAGAGGAAAUGAGUGGUUGUGAGAACCACAGAGCCAGCAGAUAUAAGCCAGGAGCCUUAAGGACCCUGUGACAGCUCAGAGAGCUCUGGGGCAUCUUCCCUGGCUGGGUGGUGCUUGCGAGGGCUGCCCAGUUGGUCUCUCAGGAGCACGGGGCUCCUGUCCCAUCCCAGGUGUACAAACUGCUGACCACAGGCAGAUGCGGAGCUGCCCAAAGCGAUACCGAGAGCCUCUCCCCGAAGCUUCUCCCAGGCCACGAGGGUCCUGGAGGUCCUAGGACUGAGGAUGUUGGCAGACUUCCAGAAGGGCCCCCCAAAGCCCUAAUCUCCAGCCAAAACAUGCGUCUUAGCUGAGCCCCCAUCCCAACCCUCUGAUGACAGGAAACCAAUUUUUCUCAACGAUGUGCUUCUGAGAGUUCUGCUGAGGAACGAUGGGAAGUCAGCCCAGCAGAGGGAAAACCCUGCCAAGCCCAAGCCCCUCUGUCCACGAGCAGUACCCCAUGCCCGUGCCAGCAGAGAGGAGCAAGGCCACAGCCGUGGCUCUGGGCAGUUUUCCAGUAGGCGAGAAGGCAGAGCUGUCACUGAGACUGGGGGAGCCACUGACCGUCAUCUCUGAGGAUGGAGACUGGUGGACAGUGCUGUCGGAGGUCUCAGGCAGAGAGUACAGCAUCCCCAGCGUCCAUGUGGCCAAAAUUUCCCAUGGGUGGCUGUAUGAGGGUCUGAGCCGGGAGAAAGCGGAGGAACUGCUGCUGCUGCCUGGAAACUGUGGAGGGGCCUUUCUCAUCCGGGAGAGCCAGACCAGGAGAGGCUGUUAUUCCCUGUCCAUCCGCCUCAGCCGCCCUGCAUCCUGGGACCGGAUCAGACACUACAGGAUCCAGCGCCUUGACAAUGGCUGGCUGUACAUCUCACCACGCCUCACCUUCCCCUCCCUGCAGGCCCUGGUGGACCAUUACUCUGAGCUGGCGGAUGACAUCUGCUGCACCCUCAAGGAGCCCUGUGCCAUGCGUAGAGCUGUCCUAAUCCCUGGCAAGGACAUCCCCCUUCCUGUGACUGUGCAGAGGACGCCCCUCAACUGGGAAGAGCUAGACAGCUCCCUCUUGUUCUCUGAAGCAUCUGCCACAGGGGAGGCGUCUCUCCUCAGCGAGGGGCUCCGGGAAGCCCUCAGCUCCUACAUCAGCCUGACUGAUGACAUCUCCUUGGACGAUGCCAAAGCCAAGCAGAGGCCGAAAGGGGAACCAAGGCUGCAGCACCUAGAAUCCAACUCAGCUCAGCCUGACUGAGCACCCCAGAGGCGAGACUGUACACUGAGUGAGGGGAGGGCAGGGACAGAGGCACAUUCAGGUCCCCCUGUAUCCUCUGCUUCCUCUCAGCCCUAAGAAGUCACUCACGUCCUCCCCUAAGCAAACAGCCAUGUAGUGAUUAAAUGGAAAGUUGCUUCUUAAAAAAAAAAGUCACUAAGCUCCUCCUAGUACCAUGACCCACCUGCAACCUCUAGUUCAAGUACAGACCAGUUGAGAGUGGGGCCAGAGAUUAAUCCCAAGAGAUUAACCUUCCUCUGGGGUCGGAUGUCGUGCCUGAGUUUGGGAUUUCCAGUCCCACCUUUCAGCCCUGCCAGCCGAGUCCCAUUCAAACCCCUCCUCCCAAUGCUAACCAGCCUCACCCACCAGGUAGAAACAACCACCAGCAUCAGAGAAGAAAAAAUCAUUUAAAGAAUAGUUACACAUGUCACUUGGAUGACUACCUUAGAAGGUAGGGCUGUGGCCUAGAAGGGACUGGAAAGCAGAGGGGUGGAUGGUUCACCACAGCAACAGAACCUGCGCUGUCCUGCCUCCCCCUGACCCCAGAGCAAAGAGAAGGAUCUCUGACAGUCCAGGUUCUCAAAUGUCCCCAUCUAACCCCUCUGGACAGUUGUAGCUCUCAGAUCUGUUUCAUUUUGUGGCUUAUUAUUCAGACCUGGCCAAGCCUUAACCAGCUACAGUGCCUUGCCAUCUUGUGGCCAAAUGCAACAUGACAUCUUCUGAGCCUAGCGCACUGCGAUGGGGUCAGUCAUGUGUGGUUCUCAGUGCUGGGCAGGGCACAGGGCAUCAGAAAUGACAAGCCCUCUCUCCACAAAGCCAGAAAA